GUCACAUGUAACCCCACCCACCGCCCGCCCGCGGCGGCGGCGGCGGCGGCCCCGCGCAAAAAAAUCCCCAACUUGCAUCAUCACACAUACCAACCAUCCGACAAUUCUAGACAUUGAUCCCACCCAGCACAAGCCCACCAUGCCACUCAUAGUGCUAACCGGCUACCCCUGCUCGGGGCUGACCUACCGGGCGAACCAACUCGCGGCGCAACUCGAAGCGACGCAGGACGAGCUCUACGCGUCCGGGGUGUUCCCGGACUCCAAGCCCCGGUUCAAGGUCCAUGUGGUGCCGACGCACGAUCCGUCGCACCCGCGCACGGUCUACGACCAGGCGCGCACGGAGAAGGAGUCGCGCGGGGUGGCGUACGCGCGGGCCAAGCGGGCGCUGGGCAAGGACAGUUUCGUGAUCCUGGACGGGAUGAACUACAUCAAGGGGUACCGGUAUCAGUUGUGGUGUGAGGCGAAGGCGCUGAAGACGAGCAGUUGUGUGGUCCAUGUGGGCACGCCGAUCGAGCAGUGCGUGAAGAACAACGAGGCGAGGAUCCAGCGCAAGGCCGCGGAGGGUGUACCUACCUCACCCUCCGAGGAGGAGGAGGCCACCACCACCGAUGCACCAACAACCGACAAAGAAGACCCCUACCCGACCGACCUCCUCAACAACCUGAUCUUCCGCUACGAAGAACCCAGCAUCCACAGCCGAUGGGACAAGCCGCUCUUCACGGUGCCAUGGUCGGACGCCUCGCCUCCCAUCGCCGAGAUCUGGACCGCCCUAACGGGCCUCCCGCACCCCUCCACCGCAUCGCCCGAAGACCAACAACAACAACACCCCCGGACAUCCCUCCUAGACCUAACCACCACCUCCCUUACCAACACCCACCUCACCAAUCCCGAAACCGCCAGCAUCGCCCCCUCAACCUACACAACCGCAACCACCACCAACGGCGGCGGAAGAACCCCCCUGGGCCGCCCCCGCAUCCGCCCGCACCAGGCCACCGCCCUCCCCGCCACCACCUCCUCCACCGCACUGUACAGCAUCGAGAAAACAACCUCGAGCAUCAUCGCGGCCAUCCGCGCGUUCACGCAGGCGCACCCCACCGCCGACGAGGCGCUUGCGGCCUCCGCUUCCGCUUCCCCCUCCUCCUCCGGGAGAAGGGACGAAGGCAUCACGAUCCCGAUCCCGGCGUCGGCGACGCCGCUUUUCGUGCCCGCGCACGUCGCCCGCGCCGGCGGGCCCACCGAGGAGCUGGCCGCCGCCGGCGGCGUGCUGGCGCUGCCGCGGCUGCAGCGGUGGCGGCGGCAGUGGAUCACGCUGAAUCGGGCGUAUGUGGCCGGCCCGCAUGCCAGUGCGCGCGGCGGCGGGCUGACAAGCGAGGAGAUGCCCGAUGCGUUUGUGCGGUUUUUGAACGCUGAGGUUGGGGGUGUCGAUACUUAGUUUCCUUCUGCAAGGGUGGUUCGUGCCUUUCGAAGGGUGGAUGGGAGCAUAGCGGUGGCUUUAUGAUGUUUCGGGAGGGUGGAUGCAUGUAGGAAGUGGUGGUGUUUCAGCUUUACGCGUUACGGUCAGAUGGUGAAUAGACGAGCACAGCUCUCAUAGUUGGAUAUUGUAUAUUGUAUAGAGUGUAUAUACCCACCCCGAGGGGUGCU